AUGGAUUUGAACAUAAACAAGACGUCUCCUGUUCUUACUGACCCUGCACCAGUCAACAAAUCAAGACUCGGAUCAUCUUUCCCUUCAGGUAGAUUCAUGAUGAAUUCAAGAAAGAAGAUCCCUAAGCUCGACGAUGUGAGAUCCAACGGCUGGUUGGACGCAAUGAUAUCUUCCUCCCCACCGCGUAAGAGGCUUGUCAAGGAUUUCAACAUUGAGAUUGCUCCUGAAGAUGACUUUGCUCAACGAGCAUGGAUGCUCAAGUAUCCUUCAGCGAUUACCUCGUUCGCACAUAUCGCAGCUCAAGCAAAGGACAAGAAGAUAGCUGUGUUUCUUGAUUAUGAUGGAACACUUUCUCCAAUUGUCGAUGACCCUGACCGUGCCAUCAUGUCUGAUGCUAUGCGUGCUGCUGUGAAAGAUGUGGCCAAGUACUUCCCAACAGCAAUUAUUAGUGGUAGAAGCCGUGACAAGGUCUAUGAAUUGGUAGGACUAACAGAGCUCUAUUACGCUGGUAGUCAUGGUAUGGACAUAAUGACUCCUGGUCAUCUAAAUGGCUCCCCUGAAGAUCCUAAUUCUGUAAAAUCCACUGACCAACAGGGUGAAGAGGUAAACCUAUUUCAGCCUGCUAAAGAGUUUAUACCAGUCAUCGAAGAGGUUUACAAUACCCUCGUUGAGCUAACUAAAUGCAUCAAAGGUGCAAAAGUAGAGAACCACAAGUUCUGUACCUCUGUGCAUUACCGUAAUGUUGAUGAGAAAGACUGGCCAAUUGUUGCGCAACGUGUUCAUGACCACUUGAAGCAAUACCCUCGUCUGCGUCUAACUCACGGCAGAAAGGUUUUAGAGGUUCGUCCUGUGAUUGAGUGGAACAAAGGAAAAGCAGUUGAGUUUCUGUUGGAGUCUCUCGGAUUAAGCAACAAUGAUGAUUUCUUGCCGAUAUUUAUUGGUGAUGACAAGACUGAUGAAGAUGCAUUCAAGGUGCUGAGAGAUAGCAACAGAGGAUUUGGGAUAUUGGUAUCGUCUGUGCCAAAAGAAAGCAAUGCAUUCUACUCUCUUAGAGACCCUUCCGAGGUGAAGAAGUUUCUCAAGACUUUGGUGAAAUGGGGGAAGAUGGAAAACUAA